CGCCCCGGCAAUGCUGGCUGGAGGAGGAUGCGGCGGAGCGGCUGCCGCCAGCCGCCCCUGGCUGGGGCUGGCCGCACUCCUGGCCGCCCUGCUCGGGACCCCUGCGGACGCGGCAUCGCAGCAGUACCACGGCGAGAAGGGCAUCUCUGUGCCGGACCACGGUUUCUGCCAGCCCAUCUCCAUCCCGCUCUGCACGGAUAUCGCCUACAACCAGACCAUCCUGCCCAACCUGCUGGGCCACACCAACCAGGAGGACGCGGGGCUGGAGGUGCACCAGUUCUACCCGCUGGUCAAGGUGCAAUGCUCGCCCGAGCUCAAGUUCUUCCUCUGCUCCAUGUACGCGCCGGUGUGCACCGUGCUGGAGCAGGCCAUCCCGCCCUGCCGCUCCCUCUGCGAGCGGGCCCGCCAGGGCUGCGAGGCGCUCAUGAACAAGUUCGGCUUCCAGUGGCCAGAGCGGCUCCGCUGCGAGAACUUCCCCGUCCACGGUGCGGGUGAGAUCUGCGUGGGGCAGAACACGUCAGAUGCCCCACCAGGGCCCGGCGGUGCGGCGGGCCGGGGGGCCACUGCCCACCCCACGGCUGGCUACCUCCCUGACUUUCUCACCCCACCACAGCCGCCCUCUGGUUUCUCCUUCUCCUGCCCGCGGCAGCUCAAAGUGCCCUCUUACUUGGGCUACCGGUUCCUGGGGGAGCGGGACUGCGGGGCCCCCUGUGAGCCAGCCCGGCCCAACGGGCUCAUGUACUUCAAGGAGGCGGAGGUGCGAUUUGCCCGGCUGUGGGUGGGUGUGUGGUCAGUGCUCUGCUGCGCCUCCACCCUCUUCACCGUGCUCACCUACCUGGUAGACAUGCGCCGUUUCAGCUACCCGGAGCGGCCCAUCAUCUUCCUCUCGGGCUGCUACUUCAUGGUGGCAGUGGCCUACGCCGCAGGCUUCCUGCUGGAGGAGCGGGUGGUGUGUCUGGAGCGCUUCUCUGAGGAUGGCUACCGCACUGUGGCCCAAGGCACCAAGAAAGAAGGCUGCACCAUCCUCUUCAUGAUCCUCUACUUCUUCGGCAUGGCCAGUUCCAUCUGGUGGGUCAUUCUGUCCCUCACCUGGUUCCUGGCUGCAGGCAUGAAGUGGGGCCACGAGGCCAUAGAGGCCAACUCCCAGUAUUUCCACCUGGCUGCCUGGGCUGUGCCCGCUGUCAAAACCAUCACCAUCUUGGCCAUGGGGCAGGUGGAUGGGGAUGUACUCAGUGGGGUGUGUUACGUAGGUAUCUACAGUGUGGACUCACUGAGGGGCUUUGUGCUGGCACCCUUGUUUGUGUAUCUCUUCAUUGGCACUUCCUUCCUGCUGGCUGGCUUUGUGUCCUUGUUUCGCAUCCGCACCAUCAUGAAGCACGAUGGCACCAAGACGGAGAAGCUGGAGAAGCUGAUGGUGCGCAUUGGUGUCUUCAGUGUCCUCUACACGGUGCCUGCCACCAUUGUCCUGGCAUGUUACUUCUAUGAGCAGGCCUUCCGUGGCACCUGGGAGAAGACGUGGCUCCUCCAGACUUGCAAAACAUAUGCCGUGCCCUGUCCCAGCCACUUUGCUCCUAUGAGCCCAGACUUCACUGUCUUCAUGAUCAAGUACCUCAUGACCAUGAUUGUUGGGAUCACGACUGGCUUCUGGAUCUGGUCUGGCAAAACCCUUCAGUCCUGGCGACGCUUCUACCACAGACUCAGCACCGGCAGCAAAGGCGAGACAGCAGUAUGAGACCCCCCUGUCCCCUCUGGCACACACACACUCACGCAUGCACACAUGCAGAGGAGACAGAUACUCGGCAGAAGGGCAGGGCAAUGGCUCCCUGAAGAGGGAGGAAGGGAGGCUUUUCCAAACUUUUUCUUCCUCACAGAAGGUUUGAAAAAAAAAAAAAAUAAUUAUCGCAUAAAGGAUCAGUCAAACUGUGUUCAGUGGUGCUUAGGCCCAGCUAAGUGGAAGAGGACUGAAAAAGAUGCCACUGGUGGGAUAGGAGAGUCCUUCACCCCAGGAGUCCCUCUACUUCUCUCUACCCCUUGCUACCCCUGUCCAGGAAAAAAACCUCCAACCCAACUAAAAUCAUCCUGUCUUGCUUUGGACAAGAGGGAGGGGAAGCCAGAUCUGUUGAGCUACCGCUGCCGAGAAGUAGCCCAAUAAUCCCUGAAUUGCCGGGGCCGAACUGCAGCGCGGGCAGGGUAACUCCUGAGCCUGACUCGCUGCCUGCUCCUUCCAGCUCGGCGGAGCCAUCACGUGAGUACUGCACAGCCGGCUACAGCCCGAUCGUGUGCUGGGGAGAUGCCUCUGUUCUGUCAGGUCACAAGUUCCUUUUUACCUCAGUGAUACCUGUUGUAAUUGUUUUAAAGUAAAAACUUGGCCCUCAA